AACUGAUAACCAGGCGUCCUUCGAAUGAAAAGGAAUUGACCAACGGCCCGGUCGGUUUUUAACUGUAUUAUUCAUCAAGGUUGAAGGCAUUCGUAUCCGAGGAAACGGUCGGAACCGGGAUUUCGCUGUUGAAAAUUGGAUUAGAAUGUAACAAGCAUUUGAAAGUACAGGUUGUGUCUAUUCGCUAUGUGCUCAACAACUCCCAGGAACUUCUCGUGGCUGGAGGAUCGUAAGAUUGCUGCCCUGGCUUUCCCUGAUAAGCGAGAGGAUUUAGAAUUUCUCGUGAAUCACGGCAUCCGCUACCUGGUUACUUUGACCAAAGAAUUACAACCACGCACGGAAGAAGUACCAGCACUAAUUGGAGUUAACGUUUGUGUUGAUGAUUACUGCACUUUCACUUUGGAACAAGUGCAGCAGUUUAUUGGAAUUUGUGAAAAGGCUUUGGAAGAAAAUCAGGGGGUUGCUGUGCAUUGCCGUGCUGGAAUCGGAAGGACAGGAACCCUUCUUGCAUGCUACCUAGUACGGUUUAAACAUUUAAACCCCGAAGAGGCUAUUUUGCAUGUCAGAACUGCACGACCGCAUUCGAUUGAAACCGUAGAUCAAGAAAAAACUGUAACCGAAUAUUUCGAGUUUUUGCACAGGAUGCCAAGUGUUGAAGCGGCUGCAAAAUAGUCUUGUUUUUCCACUCCAUCGAAUAAUCAUUAUUUUUACUAUACAUCUUAAAAUACGUGUUUUCUGUUUUGCCUGAUUGGCAAUUUUGAAGGGGAUGCCAUUCUUUAAUAUCGAAUACCGCCCGGUGAAUUUUUAUGAUUUAAGUAUCAACUCUGAUACACGAAGCUUAUCGACUUUUCAUAAAAGCUGUUGUUCGAAAACAAUAUUAAAGAGGCAUUUUUGUUUGUUUGUUCGUUUGUUUUUUUACGUAAUCUGAAAGGUUUUGUUUGUUUGUUUUUUUUGUUUUUUUCGGGUCACUUUCUAGUGACUAUUGGUAUUGACGUGGCAGCCUGUGGGAACUUGCCUUAAUUCCUAGUAACAGUUUUGCCUUCAAUUUUUGCUGCAUGUGUGAUGCCUAUACUUAAAAACCCUGAUAAAUCUGGCUGACUACAUGCCUUACACUUAAAGGUAAAGCGUUGCUUUCUAAAUAUACGUUGUCAGAAUCUG